ACAUUUCGAACACACCUGCCGUAAAAAUAGAGCGAAGUUUGAACACAGCAUUUGAGGAUAUGAUGUGGUUCAUAUCUUGAAGGCUAGUUGAAGUUUUAUAGCACAAUAACUGUGAAUAGCUAGUGUACAUGUACUCAGAAUGGAGGUAGAAAACAAGGAAAACAGACUGGUGCCUGCUUUUGAAAAGAUCGUAGUCAACACUUCCAGUGCUUCCCCUGCUUUCUGUAGAACCCCGCUACAGAAUGUAGACAACCUGGCUGUCAGCAGAGGUAACAAGAAAGCCUACUACAGCCAGAUCACACCUACACUGAAAACUCCAGGUCGCAGGGCAGCAAGGGUGCGUCCGUCCUUACUUGUCUACCAGGAUAAAGAUAAUUCCAGCACCGAUGAUGUGCUCCUGAACUCACUUGUGUGUAAGAAGGUGGACGAAGUCAUCGCAAAAGCCAAACAGCAAUAUGAAAACCAGAUAGCAGAAAAGGAAAAGACCAUAGCAGAUCUCCAGAGCAUUGUAAAGACAGGUGUAACACAAGCUGAGGAGAGAGAAGACAGCUCUGUUGUUCAGGAUGACAAUGGAGAAAAGAACAACUCUGGUAUUCAGAUUGACCAUGUAGAAACAAACAGUUUUGGGACUCAGAUUGAACCUGUAGAAACAAACAGUUUUGGGACUCAGGUUGAACCUGUAGAAACAAACAGUUUCGGGACUCAGAUUGACCCUGUAGAAACAAACAGUUUCGGGACUCAGAUUGACCCUGUAGAAACAAACAGUUUUGGGACUCAGAUUGAACCUGUAGAAACAAACAAUUUCGGGACUCAGAUUGACCCUGUAGAAACAAACAGUUGUGAGACCCAGGCAGAUGGUUCUCCAUGUCUCCGUUGUGAACAGAUGAACAACGAUAUCCUGGAAAAACAAGUGUCACUCUAUGUCAACAGCAUUGUAAGCAAGUGUGCAGCUGAUCUGCAGUCUGAACAGAUUACUGGAUAUAUAAAUCAGACAUCAGAGGCAGAUCGGGACCACCAACUUUUGAGUGCCAACUCUUUGAUACAAGAACUCCAGGCUGAACUAGAUCAGUAUACAGAGCUGACAGAGAGUGUUGCCAUGGCUGAGAGUCUUCAAGUCAAGAUACAAGAGAGUGUGUCAGAAAAUUACAGUAAAUUGAAGGCAGCUGCAUACAGACUGGCCUGUCUUCAGGCUCAGACAGAACAACAGGCUUCUGACAUGAAGAAAAAGAUGGAGGCUAAUGAUGUUCAAAUGAAGCGUUGUCACCAUGAGAAGAUGGAGGUCCUGGAGAAGUAUGAGGAUAUGGAGAAGAUGUUAGAGAUGUCCCGGGACAGCCUAGCACAGAUGGAGGCUCUGUACAAAACCACGUCAGCAGAACUGACCAUCACAAAAAGCCAGAUUCAGGUUAACAGCAGUGAGAUCGUCUCAGUCACCAGAGCGUUCGAGGACAAUGAAGCUAGAUUAAAAGAAAUGCAGACCUGCUAUGCUGUUGAUACAGAAAAAUUAACAGAAGAGAAAAAAAUACUGACAGUACAACUAGAUCAGAUGGAGGGGACACUGGAAGUGGUGCGUACAGACAUGACUGGAAUACAGGCCAAGCUGUCCAUCACCGAGAAUGAGGUGCUAAGUCAAGGGGAGACAAUUACAUGUCUCACCUAUCAGUUGGAACAAUCCAAGGAAACAGUUGCUGUACAGCAGGAGCAAAACCAAGGCCUCAAGAACAAAAAUGAAGAUCUUCUGAGAAGCAUGGAAGAGAAGAAUGAAGAUAUCUCUAAGCUAAGGCAAAAGUUAUUCCAAAUGGAAUCAAAGUUUCAGAGUGUUGAGGAACAAUCUGAAUCCGAAUUGGAGUUAAUGAAACAGCGAUGUGACAGCCUGUUGACAGAACAAGCUCUAACACGACAGGCGCAUAUCAACCAGCUACGUGACCUGGAGCAGGAGUUGAUGCGCCGGGACUGUAGUGGACAGCUUCGUACUGCACAUGGCCUUAUACAAGAACUCCAAACAGAACUAUCAGAGUACACUGAGCUGUCAGAAAGUCUCAAAAUGGCCGAGAUUCUACAGGCUAAGGUACAAGAGGUGGUCAAUGAGAAUUUCCUUAAGGUAAAGAUGGCUGCUGACAAACUGCUGACGCUGAAGAGGAAUGUUGACAAAGAGAAGUCUGAGGUGGCAGACCAGAAAAAAGUGAAUGAGGAAGAAAAAGUUGACUUUGAGGACAUUAAGUUGAAACUAGAAUCAUCCCAGCACAACAUGGUACAGUUUGAGACGCUAUACAACAGUACAUCUGCCGACUACCUCAACGCUGCUAACCAGGUCCAGAUUCUUACCGGGGAACUCAACACAACAAGAACUGCUUACGAGGCCUGUCAGGUAGGAAAGGAAGAGGUUUUAAUUAAACUGAAGGAUAGUGAAGAAAAUGAUAAAGCGAGAUCUAUGGAAAUUCAAAGACUACAGGUCUCAGUCAAGACCAAAGAGGAGGAGCUGGAAACUGUGAGCAAAUGUCUUACACAAGUUGAAACACAGUACAAGGAGAAAGAACAGCUGCUGCAGUGUGAGAAGGAACACUUAACCUUAGCUGUAGAAAACCUUCAACGAACACUCGACUCCCGUGAUGACGAUGUAGACCAAGCAGAGAAAGAGUUAUAUGAGAUCCGUGAGUAUAUGACAGAGAAGCUGGAGACCUUGGACAGACUCAAAUUAGAGGCAGAGACGAGAAACACCGAGCUCCACAAGUAUCGACAGGAAAAUAUGCAGCUCAGGGACAAUUGUGCUGUCAUGCAGUCUUCAAUUCAAGAGUAUAAGGAGACGAUACAGAGCAAUGCAUUUGAGUUGUCAGAAACAAAAAACCAUGCCUCGAGGAUGUUACAUCAACAGGCUGAGGAACUGAGAGAGUGUAGUGAGUCGGCCUCAGUCCUCACCAACAAGAUGGACACCCUACUACAGGAGCUUCGCCGCAAGGUUGGCAUCUCAUCUCAACAGGAUGCACCCUCGAACAUUGACCUUUGUAAUGAGGUUCCUGCAGAAGAGGAAGUUUGUGAGAAAGUCAAAAAGCAAAGACCUUGUAAAGCUAGGAAGUCAUUCUUGUCAGAAAUAUUCCAGGCAGUGUCCAAAAAGCAAACUGAAUUAUCCUCGCCACUAAGGGAGGAGGAAGGUUUGGGUAACGGAUCUGAUGAGGUCGGUGAAGACAGCCCGCAGUCAGACCAAAACAUAUCGGGGAUAUACCCUCUACAGAGCAGUGCUGAGGCUAGCCCUGCCACUAUCAGCAGGAACAAGUUAGGCUUCUCAAGUUCAAGUGCAUUUGCUCCAGUGAGGACUGGUAAGAGUUUGAUAGUUCCUCAGACAGGUCCUUUAGAGACAAGUGAUAAUAAGUCUGUGACACCUUCAGACAAGGCCGACAGUGUAAUCCAGGAGAGGGAGGAUAACAACACGCAGGAGGAGGUCUGCCAACAGGAGGAAAAGGAAACUAUCACACAACAAAUCAACACUAUCCACGAAUACUUCACUGAAAUCAUCCGUCUAGCCAACAUUGUGGAGAAGGCAUCUCGGCUGUCUAUUGAUGAAGUCAAUGCUGAUAAUGAGGAAUUGAGACAACAUAUUCAGAAGCUCCAGAUUAUAGAACAGGAAGUGGUGAGGAAGGAUAAGGAAGUUGUUCAACAGAGAGAGGCAAUCACAAUUCUAGAACAACGACUGGAAAAUAUGGCCGAGAACCUGGAACGCUUUUCUGAUCAGGAAUCCCUUAUACUGACCCAGAAGUCUGAGGUGUUGGAGCUGCGGUCCCAACUUAGAACACUGGAGGGUGAGAAACAGGUACUCAGUAACCAGGUGAAGGAAGCAGUGAACAGAAUAAAGAUGCUGGAGAACUCGCAGGGAGUAGAAGGCUCAGCCUCGUCAAGUGUUGCUGAGAUCUUCAGCCUUAAAAUGAAGAUUCAGAAACUGAGAGACCAGCUACUGAAAAAGGAUGAAUAUUAUGAAGAACUUGGCAACAAGGCCUCACGAAGGCUGAAGGUGUUUGAAGAGAAUUGGAGACGGGCAGAGGCUGAAGUGUACAGAUUUGAUGAACUGAUGGAAAUUGUUGGACAGACACUGACAAAACGUGCAGAUCUUGUCUCGCAGCACCAAGAGUUAAAAGAUCUCCAGAAAUUAAUACAGGGUCAGAAAAGUCUUCCUUCUGAGAGGAACGCUGCCUCCAUACCACUCAAAUCUGUUAAAACUGCCAGAUGGUGAUAAAAAAUAUCUUCUGUCUUCACACCAUUGAUGUUCAUAUAACAGGAUGAUUAAUGAAAAUAUUUAUGACAUAUUGCCUCCGUUAUCUAAGUUUUCCUCAUUCUUAAGACAAUGAUGUGUAAUCUUAAUAUGUAAGUGAUAAUUACAAGAAUAGGGCAAAACGCAUUGUGGUAUGAACUUUGUCUGGCACAACGUAUCUGAAACAUAAAAUGAAUUAUUUUUCCAUCAGCAAACCAAAUUAAGAAGUUAAAAUUUGCCUUAAUUAGCUACUUCUAUAUAUGGUUCAUAGAUCAUUGAGUGGGAAAAUUCACAACAGUGAUCAUCAAAGUUGGGAAAUCUUCAUGUGAAAAAUAUGAUUUUGGUGGAUUUAAGAACUGGUGAGAAGUUUUUUUAGAUAUUCUAAUUGACAUGAAAGAUAUUCGGUGUGUGUGUGUGAUUUGAAUUCCAAUGAUACAAUGAUAGAACUAUUGACAGAAUAUGCAGUGUGUGAGGAUGUGUGUAUGGGGUAUCAAAGUUAAUUUAUCUUUGGCAGCAUUUGUAUAUAAGACAGAUUUCUUAUGUGACAAUCAUUUUAACAUUACUCAUAUAAAGUGAGGCAUUGUUUCUCAGAAUACAGUUUAGGUUUAGCCAAUAUCAUUUCCCAUUGUUUAAGUUGAUACAUGUCUGUGUACACUAAACCAGACCAAACAUGAAACAGAACAUGAUAUAAACAUCAUCCGAUAUUUCCAUGGUUGACUGCAGAGAAUGCUUUUGACCCAUAAAAUUAACAAAAUUGAGUAUUUCUGAAUUUCCAAACAUUUUCUAAAAGCAAAGGUGUGUUUUUCAUACAUAUCAUAAUAAUACCUUUUUCAUUACCAUUUGAAUUGACAUGUCUACUGAGUUGUUUAUGUAUUGAAUGUUUCAGACAUAAUUUCCUAAGUUUAAUUAAUGUUAAAAUGUAUGGUACAUUGACAAGGAUUACUCUGGCUUAUUUCCACUGGAGUCCAUGUUGUAGAGACAUUAAGUUUGAGAAUGAAAAAUUCAUAUGAACUGCAGAAACUUGUGUACAUUCAUAUAACUAUUGAUACAAUUUGACAUUUUAUCCUCAUCUCGAGAAUAAGUUAGCAUGAGGAUUUUAUAUAAAUUGAGCAUUGCAUGUAAUUUCAUAUAACUAUACCUUGGCAUGUCAUGACACAUGGAAAAAUACAUGCAUCAACCAUCUUAUAUAACAUACAUACGUACACACACAAAAGAUUUUUCGUAUCCAGCAAAUAUCACAAAUCUGUACUGAAUAUCUUGGAUAUUAUUAUACAUGUGGGUAUUAUCAAUAUGAUUGUAUUGAUAAAGUUGUCUGAUUGUCCUUGAAGUGUAAUCUUUAUUCAGGUCUAGAAUCUUAGUCAUCUUUUAUGGUUUAGUGCCGCUGUGUAUGAUGUAUAUUUUAUUACUUUCUCUUUUAUAUAUUACAACCUGUUUUAAAUUUUAUAAAUAAAUGUUUAAACAUUC